UUUGCCAAAAAAAUAAAAGAUUUGGGACCUAAGCUGCAAUUAUCUCUGACGGACACGGCUGCUCGAGCAAAGGAUCUAGAAAUUGUCGUCGCCGGUGAAAAAGAAGAAGAUGGGGACUAUGACUUUCAACUUGUAAUCCAAAUCAAACCACAAUUAUUUGGUCUUUCGAAUUAUUGGUAAAAGACGACGCCGCCGCCGUAGACCCAUUAAACAAAUGCUAUAAUCCAUUAUUAUGCAUAAUGCAUGGUGGACUUUUGUGUUCUCCACUCCUACUUAAAUGGAUCUCUUCCUGGAACACAUUAACAAUCGACGGAGUUAAUUUUGAAGAGAAAUGGCUGCUCCGGCGACAUCAAUUACGGUGGCGGUGCCGAGAAUCAAGCUGGGAUCGCAGGGCCUAGAAGUAUCGAAACAAGGGCUAGGGUGUGUGGGCAUGUCCGCCACCUACGGCCCGCCCAAGCCGGAGAUUGAUAUGAUCAAGCUCAUCCACCAUGCCGUCGAUUCCGACGUCACAUUUUUCGACACUUCCGAUUUCUAUGGGCCCCAUACCAAUGAGGUUCUCCUCGGAAAGGCUUUGAAAGGAAGAAUAAGGGAGAAAGUACAAUUAGCUACCAAGUUUGGAGUACAAUUUAAGGAUGAGAAAAUUGAAGUUCGUGGAGACCCAAAGUAUGUGAGGGAUUCAUGUGAGGCCAGCUUGAUGCGGCUCGAAAUGGACUACAUUGAUCUCUAUUAUGUUCAUCGGAUCGACACUCGUGUACCAAUUGAAGUCACGGUUUGUCCCUCUCGAACUCUUGAUUCUUCUUUUGCUACGUUAAUAACAUUGUUUCAAAUUACAAGGAAUGAUAUCGAUUAUUAACGAUGCGACUCAAAAUGAGGACAAAAUACAAUGAUCUCGACUUAUAAUCGUAGCACUCCAAAUUACAUGAUCUAUCAAACUUGCUAAUGUUUUAGUCUCUCUAAAAAUGGAGGAAGACUAAAAAAUACAAGAAAAUAAUAUUCGGUACUGGAAUAUAAAAUACGGAAUGGUGCAAGGAGGAAAUGAGAAUUUGAGUUGGUUUUGGAAUUAAUGAAAUUCGAUAUAUGGUGAUCAAUUUAUAAAAGUUGAAAUGUUGUGUCUUGAAUAGAAACAACUUGUCUGGACAGAUGGGUUGUGCUGUAUUAAUAAAAUUGUUCGAUUUAUAAGGAAAUGAUACUGAUUAUUAUAUCAAUCAUGCUUAGAGUACAGAACCCCUACCAACUCACAGCAUGGGGUGAGGGGGGUUUUUGGCAAUUUUUUAUGCUGGUGAGACCCACGUACUGUGUGGGUCGCGGGGUUCUGAGCCCCUACCUUGAUAAAAUAGCAUCAUUGUUAUUAUAUCGCUAUCAACAUUGCCACACAACAAGGACAAGAUACAUUGAAUAUGUGCUUUUGUUUGUACUUGGAUGGAAAAAAAGAAAUAUAGCUCCGGAUUGGUCCAGAAGAAUUAGGGAUGACAAUGGAUCGAACUAAGCUGGUCU